AUGGCAUUCGUCCCUGACUUGGACACGCUGGAGAGCAGCAGACUUCACCACGUCCCUUUGCCUUUCAGCCUGAAUGAGGAGACGUUGUAUGGCCCCAGCUGUCUGUGCCCGCAGAAGGUAAGGCUGAGGUGGUGGGAGUGGUGGGGUCCGUGUUGUAUGGAAGCCAGGCUCUCACCCUACAUCCCCUUUCUUCCGCAGAAGACCCGGCUGGACUUGGAGGGGACAUCGCCUGGGGUGGGCAUCCAGGUGACAGUGACAAAAGGACCCCUUUCCAGGACCUUUCGCCAGGCUGCCGUCCUGGUGGUGGCUGUGACCAAGCUCUUGAAGCAGCCGGCACGCAAGGACUUUGCAGACAGUGACCUUGGCAGCUUCUUGGAUGAUAUUUUCGAGCCUGUCUCCUUCCAGUGCAUCAAGGGCAGUUAUACCAGGGCACCCGUUUUCCGCUACACUCGCUCCCAGUCCUUCGACAUCUUGGACAUUGACCACAAGUGCUUCGUACUGGAGUCACCCACCCAGCUGGUGGCCCUGCACCUACAGGGACCCUCUGCUGGACAGAAAGUGAAGCUCAACAUUGCUCUGUACCGUCCCCGGUCAUCGCAGGGCGCUCCAGGCUCUGGGAGGGUGCCGGUGGCCUUGGGUAUCAAGGGCUACCAGCUCUACAUGUCAUGUGUGAUGAGUGGCACCAAGCCCGUGCUGCAGCUGGAGGAAGCUGACAUCAGGAGGGAUAUUGAGAGCGUGGAGCUGACCCGCUUCAUCUUCUACCGCCUGGACAGCCCAGCUGAGGGGACCACACGCUUCGAGUCGGCCGCCUUCCCUGGCUGGUUCAUCUGCACAUCCCUGCAGCCCCGCCAGCCCGUGGGCAUCACCAACACCCCAGACCAGGUGAACAUCGCUACCUAUGAGCUGAGCGGGCGCUGAAGACCCU